UCAAAAUACCAUUUCAAAAAUGGCGGCAGAAGCUUUACUGUGAAGUUUCAAAAUUACAGCUUUAUUUAUUCCUUCGUUUUAAUGGCGAUAUGACAAUUCCUAGAGAAAUGACUCAGCUGUAUAUUGUGGGUGUUAAUUCCUGAUCUCAAUUAUGGCGCCACUUGACUGGGGUAAAGUUUUGAGCGCCGAUCCGGUCGAUCUGAGUGAGAAUGAAGAUGCCGCAGAAGAAAUGUUGGCUUAUUUGGACGCGGUUUCUAUUGAUGCUGAUAUGCCAGAUGCAUCAGACCCGACGAAGAUGGUGCAUUUGUUUCAAGUGGCACACGCUAUAUCAAAAUUAAAAAACUCUGUAGCGGUUGUUGCUUUAGAGGAGGCUAAUCAAGCAGCUGAAAAAGAGCAAGAGUUACAACAUGAGAACAACAUCUUGCAGCGUGAGAAUGAUGAAUAUAGGAAACAUGCAGGUGCGGGCUCCGAUGACUUCAUGAGGGAAAUUCAGCGCAUUUCAAACCAAAACAGAGUUUUGGAACAAGAAGUCCAGGAGAAAGAUGAAGCUCUCUUUGCAGAGAAGAACAAAACAGAUAAGCUCGGUAACAAGCUGGAGGAGCUUGAGAGAGAGAACAGAAACCUGAAGCGAGAUGUUGACAGAGCUCGCACAGACAGUAGAGAUCUUCAGAAGCAGAUAGAGCAACAGCGUGAGAGCAUGGCGAUGAAUCGAGGCGGAGCGGACACUUAUAAGUCGGCAGUUGCUAAGAAAAACAAAGAGCUCUCCGAAUAUUUGGACGAGCUUAAGAUGCUGCAAGAGACCAAUGAAGAGUUGGAGAUGAAGCUGGACGAAUCUAAGAGGGAGCUUGAGGCCGCUACUACAGAGAUGGAUAAAAUUGCUGAUGAAUAUACUAAAUUAAAGACUAUUCUGCAACAAUCAGACCUCAUCUUAGAGGAAAUGCGGCGGGAGAGAGAUGCCCUUAGAGCACAGGUCCAAGAUUUGAGGGUGCAAGUCUCAUCCAAAACUGAUGCAGAUGAUGAGAUAAUGAUGGCGGUCAAUGUCAAAGUAGAAGAGUGGAAGGCUGUGCUUGUGGCUAAAGACAUUGAGAUCGAGCAGUACAAGGACAUGGUGAAUGGGUUGCAGCAGAGAAUACGCGGACUUGAGAUGGAUACGGAUAGCACUACCAUGGCGCUAUUACAACAGGCCAUUGUAGAGAAGGAUGACCAAAUCCAAAUGUUGAAGUCGGAACUUGAAAAGGCUUCAACCGAAAUGCAGGGAAUCGCCGCCCAAGUCGACGAAGUGAAAUCACAAGCUGAUAAGGGCGUCCCAUCAGCAUAUCAGCAAAAGAAGAUUUUAGAACUGGGGUCGACCCUGAGACGGGAGCAAAUGUUAGCGGGUCAGGAACGGGAACGAAUGCUAAGGGCCGAGGAAGCAGCACGGCAAAAGGACAAGGAACUCAGUGACCUGAUGGUUAGAAUGGUCCAGUAUGAAAAGGGCGAGUAUGGACUGAGCGAGGCAGUGCAGGAGAUCAAAGACCACAAGGCUCAGCUACAGAUACGAGAUCAGAAUAUAGAGUCACUGACAGCAAGUGUGAACAAGCUGAGCCUUGCUGUGAACGACCUCGAGAUGGAGAACGAGGAGUUGCGGGAACGCCUCGGGAUGGACCCGCGGGAUAGGCUGGACAUAGAGGAAAUCAAGCAAAAGCGUAAAGUCAAAAAAGAGCAGUCCGCUGCGCUGAACAGAGUUCUUGUGAAAGAGAUUGAGCGUCUGGAAGAGGAAAGAGUCAACCUGAAAAAGCAACUGAGGAAGCAAGCUCUGCAUAGGGGAGAAAGAGCGGUCGAGCUUGGUAUUACAGCUGAUGACCUUGUCGAUGUUGAAGACGAGCCGGACCGCACCCCUGUUAGUAGGAGAUUUGUCAUAGACUCAGAUACUGAGGAAGCAAGAAGCAGGAAUAAAAGGCUAGAAGGCGACAUUGAGAAGAAGGAGAAAGAAGCUGACAAAAUUACAACAGAAAUGAAAAAGUUCGAGAGAGAAAACAAGGAACUGAAAGAAGAAAAUAAGCAAUUAGAGAUUGGAAUGAGAGAAAUACUAGCACAGCUACGUGAGAAUUCACAGCGCUCUAAUGAAAAGGGGGGUGGAGACACUCAAUCCCAGGCUCCGCCAGCCAGAGAUACACAGCAAACCCAGCAGCACUUAACGAAGGAGGCGGGGAGUGCGUCACAGGCAUUUACAGUCCAGGUCCCAGCUCUAGAAAAACUUAUGGCUAUGAUUGAGUCGCGCAAUGCUGCUGGCCAGUACGACACUACACUGCAUUUGAAAGCACAAAUCGAUCAGCUGACUGGUCGGAAUGAAGAGUUGCGUCACGAAUUGACCAAUGCCAGGAACGAGACUUCCAAAGCGUUAGUCCAGGUGGAGCGGAGGGAGACUAAGAUUGAACAGCUACAAGAAGAAGUUAAAGCUUUGAAGGAAAUAGGCGAGGGAGCUGUGAAGCUUCAAGCACUUCCUCUUCCCGAGGGAAUGACUCCCUCCUCGUCUGAGAUCAUCGCAAGCCUGAACGAGCACCUUAUUUAUACCCUUCAGGAGCUGACUUUGAAAGAAGAGCUUCUUGGAAAGAUGGAAAAAGACCUAGAGACAUACAGGCGAAAAUUCUCAGUCGUGAUCCACCAACAGGGUUUACUGUACGAUGAGUACAACCAGAAAAAGCAGGAAUGGGAGAAGGAAUCCCAGGCACUCGACGAGGCGAGGAAGGCAGCAGAACUUGCUAGGGAACAGGACACAGUUCGGAUUAAAGAGUUUGAGCGAUUACUGGAAACUUUAUCCUGCGAUCCCGAUAAGCAGCAGAAGCGACUGGCGGAGUUGACACGUAAGAUUACAGUACUUCGAGUGAACGAGAAGAGUCUGACCCGCCGCUACACCGCCAUGCAGGAAGUGGAGUCCGCCUUGCGCAAGGAGAACAAGAAGAUGAAUAGCGAUAUCGUGGAAAUGGAAACCGCCAUCUCUGAAAAGCUGGGCUAUCUACAAAGGCAUAAGGAGAUGUCGACGUAUAAAAUGCACGCCUUACAGCAAGCCCUGGAUGAGAGUGUACCCAGUAAAGACCUCGAGGCCGCCAACAAACAGUAUAAUGAGUUAACCUCCAAAUACCGAGAUCUUCUUCAGCGAGAGAACACGCUCGUCUCACGAUCAGUAGCCGUGGAUAGUCUAGAGGCCGAUGUUAAGAUCCUCCGUGAACAUGAAAGUGAACUCAAGAAGGAGAUGACGUCACUGAAAGAGCGCAAUCACAAUCUGGAGCAAAUGCUGAACGAGCUGCUUGCAAAAGACAGCGGACAGCAGACUGUCGGGGAAAGUAGCCCAGCACGACAGGAGGAGAUCAACAGGAUAUCAAGGAAGCUGGCCACUUUGGAGAUGAAGGAACUUAACGAGCGCGAGAGAGCUGACCACGCCAGCCGCAAGUAUGAACAACUCAAGAAGGUCUUCAACGAGCUGGAGGAGAGAAACGCCGAACUUGAACAGAAAUUUGCAGAGAUUGGCCAGCUGAACUUGGAUGCCCAGCGCAUUGAGAGGCAGCUGCGGGAAGAACUAGAAGGCGCCGUGACCCAUGCCAUGCACGAGUCUGUCGUCAAGCGGUUACAGGUCCUAGAGGAGUCAGAAGCCCGUCUGAAGGUGGAGGAAUCGCGGCUGAAGGAGGUGGCGGAGGUCGCUGCCCAUCAAGCAGAGUCUCUCAAAAGCCAACAGGACGGACAGGAACGCGAGCUGAUGGCGUUGAGAAAACAACUUUACGACGUCCAAAUGGAAAGCGACGAGAAAACAAUAAUAGGCAAGCUUCACCACCACAUUGUCGCCCUUCAAGUGAGCGAGGGGACCGCUGUCCGGAAGCUUGAGGCCGCCACACAUAAGGUGUCCAAACUAGAGGCUCAGAUCUUACGACUGGAACAGAAGAUCGACGAGAAAGACCAGAUCUUGUACCACAGUAAGACCGAGGCACGGAACAAGGCAAAGUUCCUCAAGCGGACCAUCCAGGAUCUGAGGCGUCAGUAUAGCGGUGCCCUUCCUCUGAUGAAGCAGGAGAAGUUUGCCAACACGAUGCGCGCACUUCACGAGGACAAGGCAAACCUGAAGAGGGAUCUGCGCAAGGUCACAGAGGAUAGAUUGCUGGCUGAAGACAAGUUAUCAGAGCUCGAGCUAAAACACCGCAACCUCGAGGAGCUGAUCGCGACCCUGAAGGAUGGCAAGGGAGCGGCAAAGGUAACAGAAUGGCACGCAAAGAUGAACGAGAUCCGACUCCAGGACCUGAAACUAAACCGAACGAUCGAUCGCAUGAAAGAGCAGUGUCGAUUCCUGGAGAACCUGAACAAGCAGCACGAGCGCACCAUCUCGGACUACGAGGACGACAUCGUGCAGAUGACUAAGCACCACGAGGAAAGACAGUUGCUAUGGGAACAGAGGGAGGUGGAGCUUGAACGUAUGAUUGACAGGUUUGAAAAGCAGCAGAGUGAAGUCAUGAACGCAGCUCAAAAAUUCGAGGAAGCCACUGGAUCCCUGCCCGACCCCUCCCUCCCUGUGGCAAAUCAGCUAGAGCUGGCGGUGAGGAAGAUCAGGGAACACAUCCGUGUUAUCAUCAGCACCAGGGAGGAGAACAAUCGACUGAGGAAGAAAGUUGAAGAAGCUGAACAAGCCCUGAAGCAGUCAGAGGAAAGGUUAACACAGAAGGAUAAGGUUAUAAAUGAACUUCGGCUCCGCUUACCAAUCUCCGAGCGCGACGAAGUGACUGCGACUGCACAAAAGGCAGCAAGGCAGGAUAAAGGAGAUGAAUACCAAGCCAAGCAAGCCCUUAAAGUCGCACAGACUACCGUCUCUAGUUUACAGCAAAUGCUGGCUCGUAAGGAAGAGUCUCUGAGUAAAUACCAAGAGAUGUUGAGAGAAGCGCGCGACGAGGCUCAGUCACAAGCAGAGCAACACAAAGCAGAGAUACAGCUGCUGCAGGAUCGCUUGCAUCUCGAGUCAGACGAAGUAUUCAAGAGAACCAAGCUUAUGCAUCAGGAAUCCGUCAGCUCUACUGGGCGUAUCGUUCCUACCGAAAACGAGCUUCGUCGCCUUGGUGAACUCGAAGAGACCGUAGCAGAGCAGGACAAUGCUUUAGCCGUAGCAGCGGAGAAAUACAAGCGAUCAAGAGAAGAGCUGUCUCAACUCAGACGAGAACAUGACGAUACUGUCAACACCCUGAAGCAGGACUACAAACGUAAAAAGGACCAGCACGAGAAGCAGAUCAAAAAACUCCAAGAAGAAAGCAAUGGCAAGGACCAGGUCAUCUCCGAGAGAGACAAGGAGAUUGAGGUACUGAAGGAGGAACUUGAGGUAGCAAAGGAGGCAAAUGAACGGGCCCCAACACGGACCAUGAAAGCGCUGGUCGAACGGCUGAGAAACCAGCUGGCGCUGAAGGAAAAGCAACAAAAGUCUUUAAGUCAGGCCUUGCUUCAGCUGAGAGCGGAUAUGGUGACGACUGCGGAGGAGAACGUCCAGAUACACGCCAAGAAAGCGGAGCAGGAGGUUAAUGUGCAGCACGUUGUAGAAAAGGAAACGUCUAGCUUACAGAGUCGAAUAGAAGAGUUACAAUCGCGGAUGGAGAAGCUCAAGCGGGAACUGAAGAGACAGAAAGAGAAAGAGUCCACUUUGCAAGGCGAGAAGGAACGAUUGAAGGAGCAACUUGCACAAAAAGAUUCCGCCAUCAACAAACUCGGAGUGGAACUGAAAGAGCUUCACGAGAUUGAACAGAAACUUGACGGAAAAGCCGAGGAAUUAGCAGCAGAGAAGAGAAAGGCAACACGGGCGACCUCUGAGGCAGACAAGCUGCGCGAAAAGGUGAAGUCCCUGCAGGAGCAGCUGAAGGUCCAGCGUGCGGAGGGUGAGGUGGUGGCAGCGGCGACGGUGGAGGUCGAGGGUGCGGUCCCUCCUUCCGCGGAGAUUUCCCCCAGGGACGAGGACCGCGGAACAAAGACAUCAAAGAGAGGCGAGGAAGUGGCGCGUUGGGAAGAAGGCAAGAAAUGGCACAAAAAAGUCGAGACUCUCCGAGAGAAACUCUCCGAGAAAACCAAGGAGCUUGAGAAAGCCGAGAAGACAAUUAGCAUGCUGCGCGAGGCGGUGAACCGGGGAGAGAAAGACAAGACGGGACUGCAGAGUAGGCUGAGAAGUGCCGCGCGAGUCGGGAGUACGGCGGUGACGAGACCUCCCCCAGAUGACUUCAUUCAGGAGCUCAAGCACAAGAUCUUCACGCUCGAGGAGGAGAACCAGGACCUGCGCCGGCAACAAACCCUCGGCCACGAUCGCCAAAUGGAGGCCUUGCAGCUGAGGAACGACCAGCUCCAAGACGCAGUGCAGUCUCUAGAGAACGAGCUGUCACAGCGCGUCACGGAACAGCGCUCCAUCGACCAAGCGGACGCCGGCAUGUACAGGGAUUUGCACCAGAAGAACCAGUCGCUACAGCAGCAGCUGCUGGAGGCGAGACAGGAGAACAUGGAGUUGCGGUUUGAUUACGAGCAAGCGCGAAAAGAGAACCCAAGACUAAAGGCGCGAGUGGAAGAUCUUCAGGAGUAUGUGGAAAUCCUCAAAGCCGAGCUGGAAUCUAGUAAAAAGAGGGAAAAAGCCAGAAAGAAGAGCCUGGGUACGGGUCUUGGCGGUCAGAGUGUUGAGGACAUGGAGCGAGUUCUAGCUGCCAUGCGCAGAGUGGUGGAGAGGCUACAAGGCGAGAACGAACAGUUGAAGAAGACUGCGGGCGCAGGUGCCCCACAAUACACUGCGGUGCUCAAGGAGAACACGAGACUCAAGCAUGAGAUCGACCGGCUCAAAGCCACACCCAACACUGCUGUCUCCGGUAGUGCCACGGACCGCAAGAACACGGGCAAGCUUAUGACCGAGAACGAGAGACUCAGAAAGGAGCUCAAGAAGGAGAAGGAGGAGAGCGAAAAGCUACGGGUAGCAACCGCUGACCUGGAAUCGACAAAAGCCAGUCUUGUGCAGGAACUCGAACAGGUCGAGGCCGAGGUGCGGUUGUCGGGUACUAACCUUCAAGGGAUGGACAGUAAGGAGUGGAAGUCGGUCGUGCUGCCCAAAGUGUACGAGGAAAAGGUUCAGAAGCUGCAGGCUGAACUCGAGAAAAAGACGAACCUUCUUAAGGACAUCAAGGCCUACCUCAAGGCUGCUGCGCAACGAGAGACAGAACUCCUGAAGAAGCAGCAGGAACUGGAGGAAACGAUCGAUGUUCUGGAAAGAUUCCCUUCUGAUGUGCAAGGGGAUAGAGAUCUCGUGAAAGAACUUCAGAGAACGAGACUUCGACUAGCAACUGUUGAGUCAGAGAAAGACGAGACAAUAACGCAAAUGAGGGAACUAAGGCGAAUGGCACAAGCAGGCGAACUCCCAAACGACCUGGAUAAAGAGGAAGUUUUAGACAAAGUAAAAAAUUAUAAUAAAAUGGUGGCGGAUGAUGUAGAACUGAGAACAAAAUUAAAAACAGUGGAACUAGAGAGAGAUCGACUUUCCCACGAAGUAACUCGAUUACAGAAGGAGCUGGAGGCAUUUGACCCGGCGUUCUUUGAGGAAAUCGAAGAUUUAAAAUACAACUACAAAAAGGCUGUUGAACGCAAUGUUUUAUACGAACGACAGCUCAAGAACGUGUCCAAACAAUUCGGCGUAGAUGUGAAUAUACAGACCGACGAUUAGAUGUGUAUAGAUAUCUGUGAAAGAAAGAGCGCUGGAGAGAGGGCACAAGAAUGGAGGGAAGUGUGGGGCUACAAGCUAUGAAAGCCACACAGGAAAUGGAUUACUUGUAAUGCUAUACAGUAUUCACAUGUCAGGUGUAAAUAUCUUUUAACGUGAAUGCGAUGUACAUUUUGCACUAGUGGUAUUUGUUUGCGUGUGCAAUUUUGUAAAAAAGAUUGUAAAUAUUGGUGCAAAUAUAAUAAAAGAUUACUAAACGUUU